UCUGUCAACCGGAAGGGUGGUAUCUGGGCAGGUUCAGCAAACACACAGGCACUACGUUUGUUCAUGUUUAAAGUCAAAUCAUGUUUGGCCGCUGUUUGUGGAAAGUUUUCUGAAUAAGCCUGGGACUUUCUGUCAUUCUCCCACACACUCCUUUGAACUUGUGACGGUGUUGGGCAAGGUUUGUGGCAAUUAGACUACCAAGUAAAAAGCUUACCUGUGGCGGCGCGCAUACUCUGCCUGGCCUGUUUCUGUUUGUGGAAGGAGGGAUCACUACAGUCAGCGUUCUUGAACUCUUCGAUACAAGGGAACGAAAUCAUUUUGUGGAGAAGACAUAUCGUUAAAAGAUCAUUUCCUAAACAGGCCUGUUGCCAUCAUAAAUCAAAACGCCCCUUCACUCACCCCCUCUGAAGCCCCUUUCUCCUCCCUGCGUGGUGCUCUGCCCAAUGAUGAGUGUGCAGCCUCGGAGGAUCCGCCUGAAGCCCUGGCUGUUAGCCCAGGUGAACAGCGGGAGGUACCCCGGCUUGCAGUGGCUCAGCCCGGACCACCGGAUCUUCCAGAUCCCCUGGAGGCACGCCACAAGACACUUGCCCACCUCUGAGGAAGAGAACACCAUCUUCAAGGCCUGGGCUCUGGAGACAGGGAAGUACCAGGAGGGUCUGGAUGAGCCGGACCCUGCCAAGUGGAAGGCCAACCUGCGCUGUGCCCUCAACAAGAGCCGGGAGUUCAAACUGAAAUACGACGGCACCAAGGAGACACCCGUCCAGCCCUACAAGAUCUACGAGGUCUGUGACCAGCCCUGCAAUGGAGACACAGUUGAUGAAGAUGAGGAGGAGGAGAUGCCGAAUAUUGUUGACCUCUCCAUUGACCCCAGAAUUAGUGACCCACGCAGUUAUCAGGCAUUCCCUACCUCACAUGGGAUAGACGUUCCCUUCAGCUCCCCCCUCAAUGACAGAUAUGGCACCUCCCACCACACCCCUAUGUACCCCAGUCCCAACAUGCACUCCAAUCGCAACGGGGCCAAUACCAUGGCAGCGGAUCUCCCUCAGCCAACCAUGGCUCCCCCAGAGUUUUCUUCCCACGUUCCAUUGGUGGUGAAGUUGGAACAUGGGGUCUUUGUGCACCAUGGACCCGCAGAACCCUCCAACGGCCUGGGGAUGGGUGGAGGGAGCAUGCAGCCUCCUAUGGUCACUGAGAUGGCCACCAUGGUUCCUUCUGCUGCAUCUGCGGCUCCGGUUGCCCCUCACCCAGGUGUCGCCCCAAUGGAGGCCAUGUCCGGAGUCCAGAACCAGGAAGAAGGGCAGGCGGUGCCACCCUACAAAUAUGACCUGCUGAACAGCCUGCCGUUGACUGACCUAGACAUGAAAUUCCAGUAUCGGGGUCGCAAGAUUGGCUCCCUGACAGUGAGUAACCCCCAGGGCUGCCGGCUGUACUACGGCCACUUGGAGCCCACCCCGGAGCAGGUGGACCUGUUCGGCCCUGUCAACCUCAACCAAGUUCUCUUCCCUGGCUCGGCCGACAUCCAGAACGAGAAGCAGCGGUUCUACACAGAGCACCUGCUGGAUGUGAUGGACCGAGGCCUGAUCCUGGAGAUCUGGGAGCAGGAUAUAUACGCUAUCAGGUUGUGUCAGUGCAAGGUGUAUUGGUCUGGGCCGGGCGUUGACGAGCAGGGGCCUCCCAACCCUAUGGAGAGGGAGAGGAAGUACAAAGUGUUCAGCCUCAAUAACUUCCUGCACGGGCUCAUCUUGUUCCAGAAAGGUGAAACUCCCACCCCACCCCCGUUUGAGCUCUGCUUCUGCUUCGGGGAGGACUGGCCAGACCAACGGAAACCCAAGGAGAAGAAGCUCAUCGUUGUGCAGGUGGUCCCGGUGGUGGCGCGGAUCCUAACAGAGAUGUUUUCUGGAGAUCUGUCCUGGUCCACAGACAGCAUCCGACUGCAGAUCUCCAACCCAGACCUGAAGGACCAGACGGUGGAGCAGUUCAAGGAGCUCCAGAGGCUUCUCCAGAGUCAGCACGGCCUGGGGCCCUGGGCCACCAACGGACCCUGAGUCAGGGGCCUCUCGCUGGGUCUUCAACAGGGCCUGUCCUGGAUCAAGGCCUCGACUGCUCAUGGACUAUUAAUAGCACACUGCACUUGGAUUAACAACCUUAUUCAACGUCGUGUGUGGGGAUAUUAGCCUUCUUUCAACCCUGAGCCUCCCUCAUUCUAUAGAAUCUUCAUCCAGCCAGAGCCUUGUAUCUAAUCUUAACUGCAUCUUGGGCAGAACUACUUGUACAUCGUCAAAACCCAAACUGCUCUCUUUUUUUGGUCCCUUAAAUUAUUUUUUGGAAUUUCAAUAAAAUACCAUUGCAGUAUUUUUUUUAAUGGUGGCAGGUAUUACUCAAUUGUCACUUUAAUUUCUAUCCAUUUUCUUUCGCAGCCACCUUAAUCUACUGUACUAGAACGUAACUGGCUUUCUUGAGAAUGGACACUGGUGCUAUUGUGCCAAAAAUGGGACUCAAGCCAUACAUGCAAUGUAAAAAGUAUUGGAAUGUUUUUUUAAUAAACUAAUAAACGACUACAUUAAUCAGCAAA